AUGCUCCACACAAUUGUUGGAUGCCCUCAACCAAGUGCAUCUGAGAACAUAAUCAGUUGCUCUACCUUUAAAAAUAUUUUUAUCCAAUUAAUCAGGAGUAAGUAUGCGAGUCAAGUUAAGCACAGAUCAUGUUCGUGGUUUGCGCUUGAGAGGCUGACUCUCGAUUUCAAUGGGAUUACAACACUGCGAGGUUGAAGCUUCUCCUAUCCAGGAAUUUUCUUUUCCUUUCUACUAAUAGUUUAUCUUCCUAGGUCGAUGUAAAAUCCGGCAGGAAUUAAUAAGAAAUGUGUCAUCAUCCUUACCUUAAAGGGAAAUCAGUUUUCAUCCGCCAACCCAUUCCUUGGUCAUUUAUUACUUCUUCCAUAUCGGUAGAUUCUUCAUUUCUUUCUUUUCUUUAUCCUUGAUCCUGAAGUAGGUGGGUAUUUUCAGCUGAAAAGGGUCAGAUACAGGGUUCAAGGGGAGCUCAGAGACAUCAGAUGACAAAGAGUCUAGAGAUUGCAAACUCUGAAUCUCACCAGGUUUUUGGUAUGAGCGAUCACCCAAAACAAGAAUCUAGAGAUUGAAUUCACCAAAAGUAGAGUUGUGGGCUCUACUUUUGUGCGCGCCCUUGUGGUUUUCAUCCGAGGAUCCAUCACCCUUUUGAAGAUCUCUAGUUGCUCUGAGGUGGGCAAUGAUCAAAGCUAAGUUUUUUGGUGUCGUGUUCUAAGAGGGGAUGAUCAUGGUGUGUGAUGGUCGUCUUGUGGGUCAUUGAUAACCGCCAUGAUCUUGGGUGGGGAAAUUUCAGGGAAGGAGAAAUUAUUUGUUUAUUUCUUUAGGUUUUGCAAGUAAUGGCUGUCGGUGGAGAGCCCAGUUGAUGAUUUUUUUCCUGAGUUUCAAGCCGUAGGGCAUCCUGCUGAGGAUUUGCUUCCUCAUCCUUUCAGACACGGAUGGAUAUGUGAUCCCGAGUUUGACUGGUGGGGAGUCUGAGAUGGGGAGCCCCCAUGUCCCGGAGGAAGUAGCAGAUCGCAAGCCUCCUUCCACGGUAAUCUCUCUCUCUUUCUCUCUCUCUCUCUCUCUCUCCCAAGGUAGCUAUCUUGUCUAAAUUUCUUUUUAGGUCACCGAAAAUCUAAUCUUUAUCGACCCAGUAUUUGACAUCCUGCAAUCUGUCUCUGUCUCUCUCUACACCGACGUAUCUUUGUCUACGUUACUUUUGAGGUCACCCUACAUCUAUUCUGACCCAGUACUUAACAUCCUGUAAUCUCUCUCUCUCUCUCUCUCUCUCUCUCUCCCGAGGUAUCUAUCUUGUCUAAGUCUUUUUGAGGUCACUCGAACAUCUAAUCUAUAUCGACCAAGUAUUUGACUUCCUGCAAUCUGUCUCUGUCUCUCUCUCUACAUCGAGGUAUCUAUCUUGUCUACAUUUCUUUUGCGGUCACCUAAAAUCUAUACCUGUCCAGUACGUAACAUCCUGUAAUCUCUCUCUGUCUCUGUCUCUGUCUCUGUCUCUGUCUCUCUCUCUCAUGAUAUAUAUAUAUAUCUAUACGUGUGCAGCCCAUCAAAGAGGAGAAGAUAUAUCUGGGGCCACACGGGGCCCCGCCGUGCCAAGCCAAGCCGCCCCAGGAGCAGCAGAAUCCUACCGCCUACAGGCAGCGGUUCAAGAACAAGUUGAAGGAGGCGGACCGGAAGUUCGCCGGAGCCGGAAGGGAGAACAAGCUCGACGCCCUGCGGGAGCUCGUGGGCAGCAAUUCCCCCGCCUCCCUCGCCCUUCCCAAGAGCCCCCCCCGCGACUGGCUCGAUCCCCAUUGCCACGAGUCCCACUUCGAAAAGCACCCCCGUUAA